AUGCCUUUCAUUACGGUCGCGAGUGCCACCCUGCCCAGUGUGCCCCUAGACUUCCGAGGAAAUCUCCAGAGAAUUCUGGAAAGCAUACGGGUAGCGAAAUCCCAAGGAGCUAAACUGCGUACCGGGCCCGAGCUGGAGAUUCCUGGCUAUGGAUGUCUCGACCACCACCUUGAGUCUGACACUUUCUUUCACAGCUGGGAGGUAGUCGCAGAGAUUCUGAACGACCCUAUAUGCAAGGACAUGCUGGUAGACGUGGGCAUGGGCGUGAGGCAUAGGAACGUACGAUACAACUGUCGCAUCCUGCUCACAUACAAGAAAAUCUUCCUCAUCCGACCGAAAAUGAGCCUUGCCAACGAUGGCCUGUACCGUGAAGCUCGACACUUUACGGCCUGGGUCAAGGAGAGGACGACUGAGACGUAUUACCUUGAAAAAGUCAUCAAGGACAUUACAGGGCAGGCGACGGUACCCAUCGGAGAUGCCGUGCUCUCCACAUUGGAUACGUCGGUCGGGUGCGAAACGUGCGAGGAGCUCUUUACCCCAUCGAAUCCGUCCACAAACAUGGGUCUCAAUGGGGUCGAGGUCAUUGUAAACUCGAGCGCUUCGCAUGCCGAAUUGAGAAAACUCAACACCCGACUCAGUCUUAUCCAGAACUGCACCCGUAAAUUGGGAGGCAUCUAUGUCUACGCUAAUGCCACUGGAGUUGAUGGCGAGGCGCGGAUGAUGUUUGACGGCUCUUCCAUGAUUUUGUGCAAUGGUCGUGUUCUACAACAAUCUACGCAAUUUUCUCUCAAGCCCGUCGAGGUCAUCACCGCGACGAUUGAUCUCGAAGAGGUUCGCAGCUACAGGAGCAGCAUUUCGCGAAAUGUUCAAGCUGCCGCUCAACCGGAGUACCCACGUAUCGAGUGUGACCUAAGUCUCUCACGUCCUGCCGACGAGAUCUUCUUUUCCCAAACCUUGAAACUGUCACGGGGUGUUCCUCUUAAGAUUCUCGGACCCAUGGAAGAGAUUUACAUGGCCGAAGCCGUAUUCUUGUGGCAGUACCUCACCCGGGCAAACGCUGGUGGCUACUUUCUUGCGCUUUCUGGAGGUCUCGAUAGCGCUACCGUGGCUCUCUUUGUGUUUGCCAUGGCUAAUGUCGUAUUGCAGUCUAUCAACGCUGGAGAGGACAAUACGCUAGCGGAUCUCCGUCGGAUAACAGGCGAGAAAGACCUUACAGUUAGCACACCGCAGGAGAUUGUGCAGAGAUUGCUUCAUACAUCCUUUAUGGGAACCCAACAUAGCGGGGACGAAACGAGGUCGCGCUCCAAGAGAUUGGCCAGCAGCAUAGGUGCAUUUCAUUCGGAUAUCAACAUCGACGAGACCGUGACGGCGCACGAGAGCAUCGUGCAGAAAGCCUUGGACUUCAAGCCGAGGUUCCAAGUUGAAGGAGGCACUGCUGCAGAAAAUCUCGCAAAACAAAAUAUUCAGGCGCGGAACAGAAUGGUGAUCGCGUAUGAGAUGGCCCAAUUGAGCACAUUAGCUCGGAAGAGGCCAAGAGCUGGAGCAAGUCUGCUUGUCCUCUCAAGCGCCAAUGUCGACGAAGCCCUCAGAGGCUACCUGACCAAGUACGACUGUUCGUCUGGUGAUAUCGCGCCGUUGGGAAGCAUCUCAAAAUCCGAUGCGAGAGCAUUUUUGGCAUGGGCUCGUGAGAAGUGGAACAUGCCACUUAUCUCGGAAUUCAUUGACGCACGCCCCAGCGCCGAACUCACCCCUCUCUCGGCAGGAGUGCAAGACGACGAAUCCGAAAACGAAAUGGGCCUUACGUACAACGAACUGAGUACGUUCGGAGUACUGCGGAAGGUCGAAAAACUCGGCCCAUGGUCCUGUUAUUUGAGACUGCUGGUCGAAUGGCAGGAUCUCGGUUACGGACCCCUCCAGGUCGCCACGAAGGUGCAGCGAUUCUUCAGGUUCUACGCCAUGAAUCGACACAAGAGCACGGUUCUGACACCCGCUGUGCACAUGAGUGCCUACAACCCUGACGAUAACCGCCAUGAUCUCAGACCGUUUCUCUAUGUCAUUGACUGGCCGUGGCAAUUCAACAAGAUCAGGGAGCACGCCAACGCCCUGGACAAGACGCUGGGAAACAAGUCAGGUGGUGGGAGCAAAUGA